GGUAUUGAAACAUACGAUCUCACAAUGAUCCGCUGGGCCAAAUCCUCGUUAACUGAUGAUCAGAAAAUGAAGCAAAUUUUGGCAACUCAUUCACCAAAUGGCCUAGAGAUUGAUAUCCUACCUCUCCUAAAAAUAAUUGAAGAUGCUUUCUCUGAUCGGGCCAUACUUCAUGUUGCUUCACCUACUAUAAAUGCAGAAGCAGAAGCAGAAGGACAAAAGGAGGAAAAGGCUCUUGUUACUAAGCUUUCAUUUGAAGCAGAAUCAGAAGCAGAAAGGAGCAAGGAGCACAAGGCUCUUGUUGCCCCCCUUCCAUCCGAUAUUGACAGAAUUUCAUCAGAGAUUUGCUACUCGACUCAAAUUAAUGGAGCAGAUGUGGAUGCAACGACGUUAUCAUUAUUCAAUAUGCUAGCCAAAUAUUCAUGGGACGCAAAGUUGGUGCUGACCAUGGCAGCUUUUGCUUUGAACUAUGCAAAAUUCUUCCUCUUACUCCGCCUUUAUCCCUCCACAAACCGAACUAUCAUCAAGACACUGGCAACCAUCAAGGGAUUGCCUUUCAUCUUCGAAUACACAAACGAAUCAAUUAAAUGUAGGUCCGAUGAAAUCGACAAACUGAUUCAGGCCAUGAUGGAUGCCACUAGGUCUGUGGUUAAGUUCAGGAAGCUCCCCCCUGUGUACAUUUCUCUGGAAGCAUCAGCACUGUCCACAGCUCUUGCCCACAUCCCAACUGUUGUCUACUUGAUCAUAAGGAGCAUUGUCGCUUGCUCAACUGAAUUUGCCAGUUUCACCAACGUGGCACUCGGGACUGUGAGGGAGCUGUCCGAAUUGACUGAGAAACUAGUCCAAAGAUGCAACGUUCUAAAGCAGCAGCUGGAAAUUUGCCAAGAACACAUAGAAAAGAAGAGGAAUGUUGAAGCCUAUUUAAAGCUUCUAAAUUGUUUCGAUACAGCCAACAAGGACAACAUAGAAAGCCUUAAAGCCUUUAUCAAAGCCAAGGAUGGCGAUCUCCCACUCUUCAAUGGAGCUACCAAGAAAGAGGUUUUGGUUGACAUUAAUGUGCUGAGAAGGAAAAAUGUUCUCUUGCUGAUUUCUGGCCUAGACAUUUCCCAAGAUGAACUUUGGAUUCUAAAGCUGAUUUUCAGAGAGGCCAAUAUCAUCGCAACCAGGCAUGAGCGUCAGUAUGAGGUGGUUUGGGUCCCAAUAACAAACCAUUCAGUCCAACGGACUGAUCUAAUGGAAAAUGAAAUAAUUAAGAACCUGAAAUAUACCAUGCCAUGGUACUCUGUUCAGAACCCAACUCUGAUAGACAAAGUGGUGAUUAAAUUGAUCAAGGAGGUGUGGCACUUCCGCAAUAACACUGUACUUGUGGCCCUUGACUCUCAAGGUAGAGUGGUUUCCCCUUAUGCUCUCCACUUGAUGUGGAUCUGGGGAUCGCAUGCUUUCCCUUUCACUAGGUCGAGACAAGAAUCUCUCUGGAAGGAUGAGACAUGGAGGCUUGAACUUCUAGUCGAUGGCCUUGAUGCAACGAUACUCAGAUGGGCUUUUGAAGAAAAGCACAUUUUCAUAUUCGGAGGUGAUGAUGUUGAAUGGGUGAAGACUUUCACGGCCACCGCACGAGAAAUCGCACAUGCAGCACGUUUCCAACUGGAGUUAGUCUAUGUGGGAAACAGAAGCAAGAGGGACAAGAUCAAGCAAAUCAUAGAUUCAAUAGAAAAAGAUAAACUCAAUACUUACUUCUGGCAUGACCUUACCGCAAUAUGGUACUUCUGGACCAGGCUAGAAAGCAUGCUAUUCUGCAAGAUUCAGCUAGGAAAUAAGUUUGAAGAGAAUGAUGGAAUCAUGCAGGAACUCAAGAAACUUCUUAGCUAUGAGAAAGAAGGUAGAUGGGCUAUGCUUACGAGAGGCUCUAAUAUUAUGGUAAACGGUGCCGGUGCUAAAGUUCUGCAUGCGUUAACAGAGUAUGACCCAUUGAACGAUCUCAAUUCUCCUAAUCAGGACUUUGGUCUAUCCUUCAAAGACCACUACAACAAGAUUAAUACAGGCACUAGUGUUCAUUCUUGCUGCCGCUUCAGUUUUCCCACUGCUGCCAGAAGGUUCCCUAAGCGCACGACAUGCCCCGAGUGUCACCGCAUAAUGGCGAAACAGAUUGUGUUAAGCUGCUGCCACAAGGGCAUCUCAGAAAUACCCUUUUAAUUAAGGGUGUCACUCUAGCAUUCUUGAAAAAUUUCUCUACAUAUUGUUUGUCAUUUGUUGUUUAUGAUAUGUUUGGUUAAAAUUUUGAAAUAUAUAGCUCUACAUCUUCAUUUUAUUGAUUUUAAUAAAACCAUUCUCUUCAUUUCUUUUAUUGAUUAGUCUCACUCAGAUUCAAACUUGAGAAAUUUAAUAAUUAUGUAGACAUUAUUUCAAUAUAGUGUUGAGACUUGAUAAAGUAAAUUAACUUUCUAUCGGCCAUAAAAUAAAAAAAAAUCAGAAAAAAAAAAAAA